AUGAAAACCAAAACAUACUCGAUAUUGAUUUUGCCACCGUCAAUAUCCAUGUUCAUCGCCACAUCAACGAGGCAUGGAAACGGGGUGAAGAGGUUGAAGGCGAUGAAUGAGAAGAAAGGUUUUGCUAAUGCGUUGGGAGAACGCAUUCAGAUUGCUGGGUCUGUGGGGUUUCAAGGAGAGUGGAUAAGGAGAGAGAAGAAGAGAGAUGAAAUCCAUGGGAGGGAGAUUUUGCAGAAACACACGAUCGAGUUCUGCCACCGGAUUCAUAGUUCUCUAUCCAAAAUACCACCUUGUCGUGUUGAGGUGGCAAUGCACACAGCUGUCCUAAAAUGGAUCAAGUCUCAGCCCAAAUCACAAUGA